AUAUCCUCAGAAGCUAAACAACCCUUUUUGUUAAUUUAACCAUGCACUUAAUCCCACUGAUCAAACCUCAACCCACAUGAAUCUUUGUAUCUGUGCUGUAAUAAAUCAAGAAACCAACGAAAACAUUAAAAGCCUCUUGCAUUUACUCCUACUUAUAUACCAUGAAUCGCUGCAGUUACACUGAACACUUGGCCCUUCCCCUUCUUAACAUGCAAUUCUUAAAAUCCCAUGUUUUGAUCCUCAAUAUAAACUGCACUACUGUACUGAGACUUCAAGAUCACCCCACGCUCCUGCAUUUAUUGCCUUCACUUGCUUCUUGCUUCUUCUUUUUCUGGAGAUGAGUUGCUGCUGCUGCUACGGUGUGGUUCUUGUGGGUUUCUGCUUGGUGGUUCUGGGAGAGGGGAGGCGUUUGAAUUCGGUUCCCGAGGGGGAGAGGUUCAUCACCUGGGAUGAUCUGAAACUGGGUUUGGAUUUGGAGGUGGUGAGGGAAUAUGGGAAUGGGAGUAAGGUUAUAGUGGUUGAUCAGAAUGGGAAAGGGGAUGUCACCACAGUUCAGGGUGCGGUUGAUAUGGUGCCGGAACAUAACUCUGAGAGAAUCAAGAUUUGCAUUCUUCCUGGGAUUUACAGAGAAAAAGUGCAUGUUCCUGCUUCAAAACCAUACAUCUCCUUCAUCGGAGACGCAGAUGACCCCUCCAAAACCAUUAUAUCAUGGCACGACAAGGCCUCCGACAGGGCUGGAAAUGGGACGGAGUUAGGGACUUCAAGAACAGCCACUGUCCAAGUAUAUGCUAGUUACUUCUGUGCAACCGGGAUCACAGUCGAGAAUACAGUGGUUGCAGUGCCUGGAGGGGAAGGGAUGCAGGCGGUUGCGAUGAACAUAAAUGGGGAUAGAGCAGUGUUGUAUAAAUGCAGGUUCUUGGGAUCACAAGAUACACUUCUGGACGAUAUCGGGCUGCAUUACUUUUACCAGUGUUACAUUGAAGGGAUGAUUGAUUUCAUCUGUGGAAACGCCAGAUCACUUUAUCAGGAUUGUGUUAUCAAUUCAGUGGGGUCAGGAGCCAUUGCAGCCCAGCACAGGAACUCAGCAAGUGAGAACACAGGCUACUCAUUUGUGAACUGCAAAAUCACUGGAAAUGGGAGGACUCUCCUGGGGAGAGCCUGGGGGGAGUUUUCUCGAGUGGUUUAUGCCAAGUGUGACAUUGAUCCAGUCAUUCUGCCUUGUGGAUGGGGAGACUGGAACGUACCCUCGCGACAGAGGAACUCUAUAUUUGCAGAAUACCAGAACAGAGGUCCAGGAGCAAAUAGAGAUGGGAGGGUGCCAUGGAUGAAGAACUUGAGUGAUACAGAAGCAAGGCAAUAUAUGGAUACAGCCUUUAUAGAGGGAGAGCAAUGGCUGAGAUUAUAGUUUUUUUUUUUUUUUUUUUUUUUUUUUUUUGAAAACACUGAGAUUAUAGUUAUUGCCAUUGCAAACAGAGUUGUAUAUGUUCCAGAGAACUUUCCACUCUACAAAGUAUACAAGAGUCGGACUGUUUUUAAGGAUGUUUUGGGAUGUUUCUGAAGGUUCAUUAUUUAUAUAAAUUAUUCCUAUAUUUUUGGAGGUUUCA